AUGACAACACCAAAAAUAUCUUAUUUAACACAACAACAAGCAAAAGAUAUUGAUGAAGAACUUUUUAAUGAAUAUAAAUUUAGUGUCGAUCAACUUAUGGAAUUAGCUGGUUUAAGUUGUGCAUCAGCUAUUGAAAAGGCAUAUAAUGAUAGAAAUAAAUAUUCAAAAUGUCUUGUUAUAGUUGGUAGUGGUAAUAAUGGUGGUGAUGGUCUUGUAUGUGCACGUCAUUUAAAAUUAUUUGGUUAUGAACCAUUAAUAUUUUAUCCUAAACGAACAGAUAAACAAUUAUAUAAAAAUCUUCUUCUUCAAUGUGAAAAAAUGAAUAUUAAAAUAAUUGAUAAAAUAUCAUCGGAAAAACAAAUAAAUUUAAUUAUUGAUGCUAUAUUUGGUUUUGGAUUUUCAGGUGAAAUGCGUGAACCAUUUAAUAGUAUUCUUCAAGAACUAAAAACUUUAGAACAAACAACACCAAUUAUAUCAAUUGAUAUACCAAGUGGUUGGGAUGUUGAAAAAGGUCCUAUAAAUGAUAAUUGUAUUCAACCAGAAUGUGUUAUUUCAUUAACAGCACCAAAAUUAUGCAUGAAAUAUUUUCAAGGAAAAUAUCAUUUUUUAGGUGGAAGAUUUGUUCCUAAAGCUUUAGAAGAUAAAUAUAAAAUUAUUCUUCCUAAUUAUUCGAAUAGUGAACAAAUUGUUCAAAUUUAA